AUGAGAGAAGUCAAGGUAAAAGGUGUGUCUAGUUUGUGUACUCUUGAUUCCAAUGGAGAAUCUCACAUCCUACAAUCUGAAUUAGCUAGUGACAGCCAGAGAAAUUCAUCCUUGAACGUGCAAUUCACUCCUGAAAUUGAAAAGAAGUAUGUUCAUCAUGUUUAUGAUGCUAUUGCGCCCCAUUUCAGUUCUACUCGGUUUGCUAAGUGGCCAAAAAGAUGUGGAAAUGGGAAGUACUUGGGAUUUAAUCCUGAUUGUUUUUUCAUCGGUUGUGAUAUAAGUGCCCCUCUUAUCAAAAUUUGUGCAGAUAGAGGGCAUGAAGUGUUGGUUGCAGACGCUGUAGAUCUGCCAUAUAGAACUGGUUUUGGUGAUGCGGCUAUCUCUAUAGCUGUAUUACAUCAUCUAAGUACAGAGGGUAGGAGGAAAAAGGCAAUAGAAGAGUUGAUCCGAGUUGUGAAAAAGGGUGGCCUAGUUCUAAUAACAGUUUGGGCUGUAGAACAAGAAGAUAAAUCACUACUUGCCAAAUGGACUCCACUUACCCAAAAGUAUGGGGAAGAGUGGAUAGGUCCUGGUAGUCCACGUGUUCGUAGCCCUUCAUCCUGCACAUUGGAAAGCAUUCCAGAAACAGAGGAGAAUGGUUUUGGAGAGCGUAAGAAAGAUUCCGGCCAGAGUUAUAUGCAGAGUUUGCAGGAAAUAACCUCUCAAAGUGAAAGUUAUUCAGGGGCUUCUACUGAUGUAAAAAAUGCAAAUAAUCAACAAGAAUAUUUCGUCCCCUGGCACUUACCAUAUCAUCGUGCUGAAGUAAGUGGUGCUUCUGCUUGUGCUCUUGCAAAUGGCCUUGCAAAGAAAGAUGAUAAGAAGGGUGCCGUAGUGUAUAACAGAUACUACCAUGUUUUCAGUGAAGGCGAGCUUGAAAGGAGUUGUUUAACAAACCGAGUUUUCCCCAGCACAAUGAUGACACCUAUGAAUCAAGAAAUGGGAUGCAGUGGCUCGAAGUCGCAUUCUACUGUCAUAUUGUCAUACUGGGUGACAAAACCGUUCAUGGCAGAAGUAAAGAGGCCAACCUUCACAGUGGUCCAGCCUUCCCUGUGGGAAGACGAGGCUCAAUCAUGA